AUGGCGAACGCCGAGACCCUGGACGAUUUCGCUGGCAGACUCGGUGGGAUGGCGGCGCGCUACGCGGCGUUGGGCUCAACCCUGGAGGACGCAGCCCUCGUCAAGAAGCUGCUCGACUCGGUGCCGAACCGCCUGUACCCGGCGGUGGCCGGGAUCGAGCAGUUCUGUGAUGUCGACACCAUGGCGUUCGAGGACGCGCUGGGGCGGCUGAAAGCCUUCGACGAGCGGCUGCGGCGACGCGAUCAGGCAGGCGGCGAGGGCGCGGACGGGCAGCUGCUGUACACCGCGGCACAGUGGCGUGCGCGCGAGCGGCGUCGGGGCGGUGCACGCGGAGAGGACGACGACGACGGCGCGGCGAGCACAGCAUCAGGCGGCGGGGACAACCGUCGCGGGAAGUGCUACAAGUGCGACGUCAGAGGGCAUUUCAAGCGGGAGUGCCCCCUGCUGUGGAAGGAGCCGGCGGCAGCGCGUGCGCUGCUGGCAGACGGCGACGUCGAGGACCCCGGGCUGCUCUGA